AGUACAUGUACCUACAUACUUUGCCAUAUGCAACUGUGGUAAUCACGGCUCCGACGGCAAACAGAAAAAUACCAACAUUGAACUCACUUGAAUCAUUCUAACAUUUUAACAUUCUAAUAUUCUAACAUUCUAACAUUCUAACAUUCUACCCCUCUGGAUUUUUGGAUUUGCAUUGUACAUUUGUACUUGUGUAUUCCAUCACACAUUCUGGAACUUCAACUUCCAAAGAGAGAAGUUAAUUCCAAAGAAAUAUUAUAUCCUACAUCGUAACAGUAUCCUUCAUCCUUCUUCCUGUCCAUGAUACAGAUUCCCUCCAUAGCAGCGUAGCGCAACGAGCGCAUUUCCCUCAACCGUUACAUUGCCAUCCACUCGACGCAACCACCCAUACCUACGUAACCAUGCGCUUCUCCAUAGAGUCACGACCGGCAGGUACGGCCAUAUUCACCAUAUUGUCCCUCGCCUCCAUAUCUCUCGCUUCCGAUGCCGACAAAACCACUACAUCGACAGCAUGUACGGCCUCAUCAACGUCCGGUGCCUUCUUCGAUCUUCGACCUGACAUGGCCCUCAAGCCAACAGUAGAAGGUAAAAAACUCGCUCGCAGCAUCGGAGCGCCCAUGCUAGACUACCACGCCAGGGGCUACGACUACGGCUCCAACUUCACCAUAAACAUAUGCGGCGCCGUCGUCGAGCCCAUCGAGAACGUUGUCGGCGUCGAGGAGAGCAAGUGGCAGAACAUCAGCGCGUACUACACCUCUAAGGGAGAUGCGUACAGUCUGGGUCUGCAGUCUGGUACGCUGGUUACGCGGGGUAAAGAGCUCGUUCUCCAGUAUACUGGCGGUUCGCCGUGUGGGAAGAGCAAAAAGCGGCACGCCCGCGAUCUACAACGUAGAAGUGCCAUACACGGUGGUGCAGCAUACCGAGGUUCCGACUAUGAGCGCGAAGGGAGCGACGAUGACGAUGACGACGAUGACAAGCCGUCGGCUACAAAAAUUACUAGUGCGAAGAAAACUCAGGAAACAGACGAACCGAAGAGGAGGAAAUCCGCUACGAUUUUCUUCAGCUGCGAUAGAGACCCGGGGGCUGGCGCGGCGCAGGUUUCGUUCAUAGCGACGGACCCGGACGAGUGUUCCUACGUGUUCAAGGUCAAGUCGCAGCACGCGUGCGCGGGCGUCGAGCCGCAUAAGCCGGGGAGCGUGGGGCCUGGGUCCGUGUUCCUCAUUAUCUUCGCUAUCGCCGUGCUAGUCUACUUGCUAGGCGGUAUCUUCUAUCAGCGCACGGUAGCGCACGCAAGGGGUUGGAAGCAGUUGCCCAACUACUCGCUCUGGGCUAGUGUAUGGAGUUUUAUCUGUGAUUUCUUCGUCAUGGUUACUGCCUCUUGUUCUCGGCUCCUCCCGAGCCGGAGGGGCUACCACUAUGUCUCGGGGUCGCCAUCUGGAAGGGGUCGAAGUAACCGGGAGGACGAAAACCGGUUGAUUGAUCAAUACGAUGAGGAGUGGGAAGACUAAAGAAGAAAAGAAAAAAAGGAGUUCUACUUAAUUCCAUUAUGCUUAUUCGUCUUUUAUUAGCCUUCCUGCAUUCUAAGCUUUAUACGUAUGUUAUGUUAUGUAUUGUAUGUCAAAUAUACUCCUAGCGAGCUUUCUUCCAGACACCCCCUUUUUUAGGCCUGGCUUGAGUUAGCGGCUUUUUUUUAUAGAACACGCGAUAUAGGUACUAAGGGGCUGGCGUUCGUUGAAAUUGGGACGAACAAUUCCCAUUGGAAUGGAAAUGGAUUGGAUUGUAUAUGUAUUGUAAUGAAGAUUACCACCAAUGCUCAUGGUGAUAUAGGUAGGAUGGGACUUGGGUAUAUUAACAUGCACAGGUUAACUACUUAUCAACAUGGAUGACUUCUUGACUG